AUGCCUUCCAUUCAUCUUGUUUCUUCCUCUGCCAACAUCUGCAGAUUGUCAAUACGAACUCUCUUGUUCUCAAAACAACACACAACACGAGGAGAAAACGAACAAGCGAUUCUUUCAAUAAUGGGGAAUGGAAGUGUAAGUGGCCAAAAGAAAGAUCCUCCAAAAGAACAAGAACAACAACAUCAAGAGAAGGUCGCCCGUUCAAAAAGCACUCCAUUAGGUGAAUUCUUACGACGAAAAUCAGGAGCUAGUUUGGUCUUUUUCGCGUGUACCGACAAAGCUCAAGUUAUUACAGAAAUACUUGAGGAACGUGGCUGGUCACGAACAAGAGAUCAUGCUGUGACGAAUUUCACGAUUAAAUGGUGUCUCGAACAUCAGGUAGAUUGGAAAAAGUUUCAAGAAGGCAAACAAUUGAUUAAUAACAUACCUGGUCAAAUUACAUUUGCGGAUAAAGUUAAUUUAUGGUAUACAAUACGAGAUUAUAUCAAUAGUAGACGAAAUGCUGUCGGAAAUCAUGUUCAAACGUUUCUUCCAAUGACAUUUGUGCUCGAUGAUGCGAAUGAGCUUAAUGAGUUUCUACGAAUCCAUAAAAAACAAAACCGAACUUGGAUAUGUAAACCACGGUACAGUUAUGCCGGACAAGGUAUUCAUGUCCUUUCCGGCAAUUCGAAUCUGGAAACUGUACUCAAAGUGCAAUCGAGUAUUGGUAAACGGACACAGAUUCAGCCGAAAUUUCCCGGACAUAUUAUGCAAGAAUACAUUUCCCGACCACUUCUCAUCAAAGGUCGCAAAUUUGACAUGCGAGUACAUUGGCUCGUUGCUUGGACGAAACCGUUGAUUGUUUUUUAUAAUCAUCAUGCAUCAGUCAUUCGUCUAUCGCUGAAUCUUUAUCGAGAAUAUGAUUUCGACCGUGCAACACAUCUAACUAACUUAUCAGUACAAGAACAUCAUUAUCGAUAUGCAAGUUCACAAGAAGACACAGGAAUGACGAUGCAGCAAUUAAAUCAAUAUUUCAACAAGUGUUUCCGACCAUUCCAUCCACAAUUGUGCGAAGAUUGGGUAUUAACAGUCAUGCAGGAUCGUAUGCAUACGAUUAUUCGUCAAGUGAUUCGUGCUAGUAAACAUAAAUUAGAACGUAUUGCUGGUCAUUUCGGUCUAUUUGGUUGCGAUUUUCUUCUUGAUGAAAACUUUCGUUUAUGGUUAUUGGAAGUAAACGACAAUCCCGGUGUUGGUUGGGGCAAUACACAAGUCAAUACAACAACAAAACCUUUAUUUGAAGAAACGUUGAAUAUCGUUUUUGAAUGUUUCGAUAAAUACAAACACAACCGCCCAAUACUACCAGUUCAAUGUUUGAAAAACUACAGUUUGAUUUACAAUGAAAGUGAUGAUAAAGAACGUAUGGUACUUGAUGAUAACCAACUUUUCAGUGAUAAAGUUGUACCACGUCCAACAACGAAAGAAGCGCCUGCUCAACCCCCUGCUAACGGUACUACAUUACCUCGACUAAGUAAUACUCGACAAUCGACAGUUACGACACCAUCUGCUACCACUGAUAUCAUCAUUCGUAGUGAAUCAAUUCUUCUAGCAACAAACUCCGAAGCGAAUUUGAGUAAAUCAAUGGAAUUUAGAGAGAGAAAGGAACGCGUUAAGCCAGACGAUCCUCAAGAACGUUUGAGAAAAUUGAAAGCUCUAAAGGAAAGAUAUACAUUUUCCUUACCCACUCGCUCAAUAGACAAAUUAAAUCAAUUAAGUUUUCGUCGGUCGAAUUCCUCGUUGAUUGCCCUACGAAAAGCUCAACAAAAACGACGUAUUGAACUAAAACCCAUCAAUCCCGAUUCAAAACGCAGUAAACCACAAACACCACCGCUACGUUCAUGUGAAACCACGAUCGAAAAAGAAAAUUCCGUGAUUAUCAAAUCAACAGAAGCAGAUUCAUAG